AUGGACAAGCCGCGCUGGAGCCAAGGCCGGGCGCCGACCAAGAUGGACGACGCGAAGGUGAAGAAGCUGCGCAAGGUCGAGAUCCCGUUCUCGGCGACAGCCGCGUCCCAGUGGAAGCAGCUGCGGCAGACCGUCUCGGCCGCGCACCCGGAAGCAACGGCGCGCGUGGCCAUCGCCCCCGUGCGCAUCGGCGAUCUCUGCAGCGAAGACAAGCACAAGGUCGGGAAGCUCGUGCGCCAGCUCAUCAAAGUAAGCGGCGAAAACGACGCCAAGCGCUGUGAGCUCCAGGACCUCUCGGCCAAGCACGCCGACCUCCAGCAUCGCCACCAAGACCUCGAGUCGAAGCUCAACCAAGCGCUCGAGGUGAUCCAGACCUACCAAAGCCGCGUGCAGGGUUUGCAGAAAAAAUCCGAGCGCGAGCAGCUGCAGCUCGAACACGCGCUGGACGCCCUCGACCGCUGCCACGCCGAUAUGGCUGCCUUCAAAGAGGAGAUCGCUCGCCACGGCGACGCGAGUGCGCACGUCGAGGCCAGCCACCGCCACGCAGCGCAGCAACUGCGACUCGACCUUGACGCGGCGCGUCAGGAGCUCGAGCUCGAGAAAAGCAAGCACCGAGAGAUCGCGUCACAGUACGACACAAUGACCAAGAUGCUGGGCACGAUGGAAGAGGAACAGGAGCGCUUGCAUCACUCCCUCGAGCACUCGAUCGACCUCUCUUCGCUGCUCAACACCACGUCGACGCCAGACGCCAACGUCCAGCGCAUCGUGCACAUGUGGAAAAGCCGACUCGAGGACGCGCUUUUGACGCCAGGGUCCCCCGAGAAGGUCGCCCACCGGCUCUUUGGCGCGGCCAGCCGCCAAGAUGUCGGGACGCAGUGGGAGGCCCGCGGCCUGCUUCGCGAGAUUGGGUGCAACACUGAGGACGACGAACCUUGCUUGCGCCAAGAGCACCUCUACAAGAAACAGACGCCCGUGCUGCCACCCUCGCUCGUCGACAGCGAGUUCUACGAGCUCUCGCUCUUUGAGCUCGUGAGUGCACUCGAAGAGCACAGCACCGAGCCGCGACGAUCGCCACAGCGAGCACUGGAAACAGCGCAGCGACCGCGCACCAAGUGGGCCAACUCGUACUUUGACGGGCUGGCGCCUAUAGGGGCAGGGCUCACUGGCGACGUUGGGCGGGUGUCGCAGGGCCCGCUGUCCGCCACGGAACUCUCGAUUCGCGACGCUGUCGAGGCCGACAUGCAGGAAAUGCUCUCCGAUGCGAGUUUUGUGUUGUGCGACUUGAAUCGGCAGUGA